CUGACUGGAGACCCGUGGCUUCUGUCUGGCAGACGGACAGUACCCAAGUUUCUCACGUUAAAAGUUUGUCUUUCUGACUUAUUUCUGCUUUAGAACAAAGCACCACCAUGGCAGAGUUACGUUUUGUCAUCGCAAUGUCCGUAAUGACCCUGUUUUGGGGUAUUGUUGGAGGAGUAGUACCCUGGUUCAUCCCUAAAGGACCAAACAGAGGCGUGAUAGUCACAAUGCUGGUGUUAACUGCGGUUUGCUGCUACCUGUUCUGGUUGAUAGCAAUUCUGGCCCAGUUGAACCCACUUUUUGGGCCUGCUCUGUCCACUGACACCAUCUGGUACCUGAACUUCCAUUGGCCAUAAUUUACUCUACCAGGACCCCUGACCAUACAGAAGGAGAGGACCUGACACUGCUGCAUACCAUCAGACUGAGCAGAGAUCAUUCCUUCUGAAUUGCCUUAAACUCAGACCGCAGUGUGAUGAUUGAGUGAUGCCCGCACUGGUGCCUUGUACAAAAAUGAUUCCAAAGGACCUCAGAGAGAUCUCACUGAAUGUGCUUUCCCUAAAUUAAAGCAGCCUUCACUUGGUGUUGCUUGGUUUAUAUAUUAUGUAUAUUGUGUUCAUUGCUGUUAAUAUGAAUGACUUUACCUUUAAAUAGCAGUUGUGUGCCGUGUUGAUGUGAUGUCUUUUGGUCUUGUAAUAUUGGUAAUGGAUGUAAAUCCAUUCUGUAGUUGCUAAUUCAUAAACUAAUAUUAAAACUGAA